UGUGAUAUCCAGAAACGAACCUGGCGCCCAGUUGAUAGUACUGGAAUUAGAGUCAAGGAGACCUUGGAACAGGGCAGGUGGAAAGCCUAAUCAACUGGUCGCCGGAAGUAUAUCUAGAAACUCUCGAUUGGUCACCACCAGCGUGAUAUGCCAAGUUUUCACAAAGGUUAAUCUUGAUGGAAAGGCAGUGUUUUGACAUAUAGUCGUCUUGUUGCGCAUGGUGUUCUCUGUCAACCCUGGACCAGUACCAGACAAUCACCCCUCCUGUUUCGACUUGUGAUCCAUGGCUCCUCCUUCAGAUAAAACCAAGGCGAAAUUCAGCCAGUAUCUGUCUGAGGUUGAACAUAUCACCAGGCACGAUCAAGAUCCUUUUCAAGUAAAAAUCGAAAACUUCAUCGGCUACACGCAUGUCCCCAUUGGACUGGCCGGGCCUCUACAUGUUCGAUCGCCCGCCGGGUCUGACAAGGAGAUAUGUGCGCCCAUGGCAACCACUGAAGCGGCCCUGGUUGCCAGCUGCUGCCGAGGAUGCAAAACCAUUAAUGCGUGCGGUGGUGUUGAGUUCGUGACAGGAGAAGGCUUUAUGAAACGCUGUCCGUUCUUUCGCUUCCAAAGCCCUGGGGAUGCGUUUAAAUUUGUGCACGCACUCCCCCAAAUCAAAGAGCCCCUGACAAAGGUCGCUGAAACCACCAGCAAGCACCUCCGCCUUCAAAGCCUGACCCCGCAUACGAUCGGACGCUGUGUCCAUCUUCUUCUCAGCUUCGCCUGUGGGGAUGCAGCGGGACAGAACAUGGUGACGAUAGCUACGGAGCAUGUCUGCGCCUGGGUGUCGAGAGUCCUGGGAAGCGAAUAUGGGAUUGUGGAUUCCUACGUGGAAGGCCAAAUGUCGUCGGAUAAGAAGCCAUCCUGGGGCAAUGUGACGAUGUCACGAGGGGUUGAGGUCACGGCCUGGACAUCACUAUCCGAGUCGACUUGUCAGCAGACAUUAGGCUGCUCGUCUGCAUAUCUCCAUGACUGGCUCCAGAUGGUGCAGGAAGGCGCUAUUCGAAACGGACAGCAUGGCAGCAGCAUCAACGUCGCCAAUGUCUUGGCUGCCAUCUUUAUUGCCACAGGCCAAGAUGCGGCGAGUAUCACGGACGCUUGCUGGGCCCAUCUGACCCCGGAAUACGAUCGUGAAUCGCAGCGAGUGACCUUGAGCCUCUAUCUCCCCUCACUUCCGGUGGGGGUGGUGGGAGGGGGAACUGCAUACGCUACCCAGCGGGAAGCGUUGCGGAUCAUGCAGUGCGAUGGGCCCGGGGGCAAGCAGCAGUUGGCCGGGUGCAUUGCCGCGUUUGCUCUGGCGCUGGAGAUCAGUACGACUUCAUCCAUCAUGACGAAAACCUUUGCUCAAAGUCAUGAGCGGUUGGCGCGAUGGGAGGCCGAAUUAAGACCGAGACCUAGGAUGUAAAACAGAUAGGUAGAUAGGUAGAAGAGGGGUAGCCCUCAGAUGCUGAGACUGAUGAAUGAAUGAAUAUAUCUUCAAUGUGGUGUUGGGAGUAG